AUGUGGUUAGUAGUGGUCCUGGCGCAGCAGUCAUGGGUCAUCAGGGUGACCCAUGACUCCAGCUGUGUUACAUGUUUCACCUGCCAGGGUCCUGCUGGAACGAGAGGACCAGAGGGACGUCAGGGAGAGAAGGGAACCAAGGGAGAAACAGGUGCUGUUGGACCCCCAGGAAAAACUGGACCUGUUGGUCCCCAGGGUGUACCAGGAAAACCAGGAACAGAGGGUCUCCGAGGACUUCCAGGAUCAGUGGGUGAGCAAGGAUCUCCUGGACCUUCUGGACAGAAAGGACCACCUGGACCUCUCGGACCUCCUGGUUUGCUUGGCCUGCGUGGAGAACCCGGUGGAAUGGCUGGAGGAACUGGACCCCUCGGCCCUGCUGGUCCUGCUGGUCCUGCUGGUCCUGCUGGUCUGCCAGGUCCUCAAGGUGUUAAAGGAGCCAAGGGUUCUUCUGGAGGAUCUGGUCCUAAAGGAGAAAAGGGAGUACAAGGACCUCCUGGACCUCCUGGCCCACCAGGUGAGGUCAUCCAGCCCCUGCCCAUCCAGAGGAGCCCCAAGUCCAAGCGCUCCAUCGACGCCAGCCAGCUGCUCCCAGAGAGCGACUCAGACAUGCCUGCAUCCGACGCCACUGGCACUGAGUUCCUGAUGGGCAGUGAAGGCAUGGAGGAGAUCUUUGGCUCUCUCAACUCACUGCGUCAGGAGAUUGAGACCAUGAGAUUCCCACUGGGUACCCAGGACAGCCCUGCUCGCACCUGCCAAGACCUGCACCUCAGCCAGCCAGACCUCAAAGACGGAGAGUACUGGAUUGACCCCAACCAGGGCUGCUCCAGGGAUGCCUUCAAGGUUUUCUGUAAUUUCACUAAUGGAGCAGAGACAUGCCUGUAUCCCAGCAUCAAUACGGUAAAGAUGAGCUCCUGGGACAAAGAGACUCCAGGAUCCUGGUACAGUCAGUUCUCCACUGGCAGCAAGUUCUCCUAUGUGGACUCUAAUGGCGAGCCUGUGGGCGUGGUCCAGCUCGGCUUCCUGCGUCUCCUGAGCAUCCGGGCCCGCCAGAACCUCACCUACCACUGCCAUCGCUCGGUGGCCUGGGCCGACCGAAGCGCCAAGAACAGCUACGACAGAGCGCUGCACUUCCAGGGCGCCAACGAGGAGGAUCUGAGCUACGAGACCAACCCUUACAUCAAGGCCUUGGUGGACGGCUGCUCUUAUCGUAAGGGCUUCGAUAGGACAGUGCUGGAAAUCAACACGCCACAAGUGGAGCAUCUUCCUCUGCGGGAUAUUAAGGUGUCAGACUUUGGGGAGAGCAACCAGCAGUUUGGCUUUGAAGUGGGACCUGUCUGUUUCCAAGGCUAAAAACACACACAUCCUGAGCGGAACAACACUACAAACACUCACACACAUGCACUUAGAGACACAUUGAUAUAAAAACACAGACAUGCCCAGUCAUUUGUAAAUUAACUUGUAAAUGAUAUGAAAACACACACACAUACACACACUGAGAUACACAGAUGCGGUUGUGGGACAAACAAGCGCUCACACUCAAGUACGUGCCUGGGAAACUCAACAUCGUCCCAACCAAUAAUGGACGUCAAAAAUAAGUCAAGAGGAGAGAAAUAAAAACUCGCAGAGAGGAGAUCAUCGUUUGGGCGCACCACAGCAAGAAAGGAAGAAAGAAGCCAGGAGAGAGUGUUUCUGAAGAAUGAAACAGUGUUGUUUUACCAGCAGCCAAAGAGGCCGGCCUGAGACAGAGAACAAGCCGGCGAGAUCUGAAGCCCCUUGUCUCCGAUCCCCCUCUCACUCCUCUCUCCUCCCCACGGUCUCCCCCUUUUUUUACCCACUCAUCCCACUUGCUCUACCUCCUGCUUCCUCCUUCUUAAAAAAAGGGUCACACUCAGACUUUAUCUGCAUUUCUUUAAUCUCACGUUCACACUGCGGGCAACAUGGUUGACAGUCACUCUUUUCAGACUGAAGAGCGGUGCGACAUAUGAGGCUGAAUGCAUCCGUACGGUUUGAAAAGUUAGUUUGGGUUCACAGCUUUGGUGUUAAAUGCUUCAGUCAAUUGAGAAUUGAAUGUUUUGAAUCAACUUUCUUCUCUAAGCCAGCACUCCCACUCAUGAACCUAAAAGAAACCUGCAGGCGCCAAACUUUGGAAGUAAAAUGACGGCCAGUGGUCAGUUCAAAUCUUCUUUACGGGCUCAGUCAUCUAGCUGUCUAUUUCUGUGACAUGUGUGUAAACACUCAGUGACUUGUCAAUCGUGUUGCUCACAUUGGAAACACUUUUUAACUCACAGCUCUUUUCUUAUUGUAUCAAAAGGAACCAAAGAAAUAAAGCCACCAGUUUCCUCCCAGAAUUAAGAGGGAACCAACCGAAGGAUGCCAUGCUUGUUAGAUUGAAGUUUUUCUUUUGUUACAGCGGCUUCUCUUUAUGAUUAUCUUUCAGUGUCAUUAAAAACACUCUAGAAAUGUGAUUCACAGCUCAUACUAAUGGUUGAAAAAUCUUUCUGGUGUGAUGCAGCAAGGAUUGUAGAGUCCAGUGAGAAGCAGGAGUUAUUCUUUGUUAGACCUGUUUCCUUUGAGAGCAGCAGAAACUCUCUUUGAAUUGUUGGUUUGUUACGCAGGACAAAACUUGCUGCGUGCAGUGAGGCAAAAUAAAGAUGUGUGGAAACCUCGGUCAGGGAAUUAAAUAGCCAUUGUUUUUGUAAGCUGUGCUACGCCUGAUGCUGUUGUACUUACAUGCUACUUGUGCCUUUUAAACGGCUGAUUGGUCUUUAAAUCAAGGAUCAGGCUAUGAGGGUCUCCAUCCCACACCAGUCUAGCAUUUACUGAGUCACUUUCUGGGUACUUUGAUUUUUUUAAAAUCCAAAACAUGUUUUCUGAUUAUCAGAACCUCGUCAGGGUUUAAAUAUGUACAUGGGAGCCCUCUCCCAUCUUUGUUCUCCUACAGCAGUGAAUAAAAUGCAUGCAGAAACUGUGUGGCAAGGUGCUAAUUAUACCAAAGUAUAAGUUGUAGUAUUCACUUUCCACCCCUCCUUCACUCUCUUUAGUCUCUUUCAUCAUUUCAUGAAGCUUUUUUACUGGGGAAAAUGUGCAUUACAUUCCAUUUGUACAGAAAUAGUGAUAUUCUAUUGUAUUUAUUUAAAACAAACAGGGUGCUAUGAGAUUAAAAAAAGACCACCAAAUAUUCACGUCAAAUGUGGUAUAUUUCAUUUGUAUUUAUUUCCUGUAGCUGACACUCAAGUGUUCAAGUGACUAGAGUGACUUACAUGUUCAACUAUCUUCCAGCUUGAGCUAAGGUGCUUCUGUUCACGCCCUGUCCAAACUCCUCCUGUAGAACCAAAGAAUCUGUGGCCAUAUUUUAUUGUAAUAUCCCUUUUUUUAGUGUUUUCAUCAACUGUACUGUGCUGUUAAAUUUUGCUUCCACUGUAAUGAUUAAAUGGUGACUCUCCA